CAAAGCUCCCAAAACCCAGAACGUACGCCUUAAAAUAGAGACAAAGAGAUAUAUAUAUAUAUAUAUAUCUCUUUGGUGAAUAUUAAUGGAGGCCGCCGUCAAGAAGCUCUUUGUCGUGACAGUAGUAGUACUGCUGCUUGUUGCCAAUAUUUCCAACGCCCAAACCUUAUGCAAGGUGUCUGUUUCUGGGCUAAUGACAUGCAAGGCGGCGGUGACUCCUCCAAAUCCUGCCCCGCCGUCGGCCAACUGUUGCUCUGUCCUCUCGAACGCCGACCUUCGCUGUCUCUGCUCCUACAAGAACUCCAACCUCCUGCCUUCCCUUGGAAUUGACCCAAACCUUGCCGUGCAGCUCCCUGAAAAGUGCAAACUUCCUCACGCUCCCCAUUGCUAAGCUUUGAAGAAUCGGCCGGCAAACGCAAAAGAAAAGUUAACCCUUAAAUAAUGCAUGCUAAAUUCCUCAUGCUUUUCCAGAUGGAGCAUUAAAGUUAGCUCCUAGCUUGUCUCUUUUCAAUAUAUAUUAUAUUAUUGUUCUGGUUUGUGUAAGGAGUACGUACGUACCAAAUGUAAUAAUACAGUGUGUGUAUUGAGUUA